AUGCGAAGAAGUCUGCGUUCAUUGAAGAAGGUACUCAGCGUAAAGGAUAAUACCUCAACUCCACCUGUGUUCGCUGUAGCUGGUGAUAACGACCCCAAAAAUUAUGCCUGCCGCGCGCUCCAAAAAGAGCUUAAUAGGAAGUCGACCUCACUAAAUGUUGGAAAUAACGUGGAUAACACCAGUAUCAUCAGCGAGUUGUCCAAGCCGAUCUCAAUGAUGUAA